AUGGCCGGAAAAAGGAAACUAGCAAAUAAUCCGGAGCGAAAGGAGCUACGACGAUGUAGUUCCCGGGUUCAGGAGCAGAGACAGAAAGAGCUAGACGAGAAGGCACGCCUUGCACGCGAGAGGUUAAAGUCCCACAGCGAUAAAAACACUGAAAACGGUGAGUCGCAAGAGAAGGUAGAGGAGGCUGUCCAUGUGAGCCCCAAACGAAGAAGCCCUUCGACUCUAACCAAAAUGCAGAAAGGAAAGAAAAAAGGAGACUUUUACGCGAGUGGAAACGGAGUGGACGAGGACGCUCACCACAAAGUGAGGAAAAAUCUGAGGUUUUUCAACAAGCAGUAUCUCCUUAUGGUCCAGGCUAAGUUGAGCAGACCUGAUUUGAAAGGGAUUACUGAGGCAACCAUUAAGACAAUUUUCCAGGUGAGGCGAGCCAAUGCAGUAUUGUACUCAAGGAAAAGGAUAGGUGACCUUCCAGGUAUUGACGUUGGACACCGUUUCUUUUCAAGGGCUGAAAUGGUUGCUGUAGGCUUCCAUAGCCAUUGGCUAAAUGGCAUCGAUUAUAUGGGAACCGAUUACAAAAAUGAGUAUAGUAGCUACAAGUUUCCGCUUGCUAUUUCGAUCAUUAUGUCGGGCCAGUAUGAGGACGAUCUAGACAAUGCAGAUGUGGUGACUUACACUGGUCAGGGAGGGAAUAACUUAUGUGGUAAUAAACGCCAGAUUAAGGAUCAAGAGUUAGUACGAGGGAAUAUGGGCCUGAAGAAUUGUUUAGAUCAAAAUGUACCUGUCAGAGUUACUCGUGGUCACGAGUGCAAAAGUAGCUAUUCCAAAAAAGUAUACACCUAUGAUGGAUUGUACCAGGUCAACUUUGUGUAUGGACGCAUACCAAAAUCCACUUCAGAGAUUCAGGGCUUGGUAUGCGAGGACAUCUCUAAAGGACUAGAAGCUAAGCGCAUUCCAGCCACUAAUCGAGUUGAUGAUCCACCAAUUUCACCAUCAGGGUUCACAUACAUCAACUCUUUGAAGGUUGUGCCCAAUGUCAAAAUUCCAAAGAGCUCAACUGGGUGUAACUGUCGAGGGAGCUGCACUGAUGCGAAGAAAUGUGCAUGUGCUAAGCUUAAUGGGGGGAACUUUCCUUAUGUCGACCUCAAUGAUGGCAGAUUAAUUGAGCCUCGAGAUGUUGUAUUUGAAUGUGGUCCAAACUGUGGGUGUGGGCCUGAAUGUGUCAACAGAACUUCUCAGAAGCAACUAAGAUUUAAUAUCGAGGUGUUUCGUUCUCCAAAGAAGGGUUGGGCAGUUAGAUCAUGGGACUUCAUACCAGCUGGGUCACCAGUCUGUGAGUACAUAGGAAUCCUUAGAAGAACUGACGAUGUGGAUACUAUUAUUGACAACGACUACAUAUUUGAGAUUGACUGCCAACAGACAAUGCAAGGUCUUGAUGGAAGACAGAGAAGACUAAGGGACGUAGCUGUACCAACGGAAACAAAAGUCAGUGAGAGCAAUGGAGAGGAGAAUGCACCAGAGUUCUGCAUCGAUGCUGGUUCAACAGGGAACUUUGCAAGGUUCAUCAACCACAGCUGUGAACCAAACCUAUUUGUUCAGUGCGUCCUGAGCUCCCACCAGGAUAUAAAGCUUGCCCGUGUGGUUCUGUUUGCAGCUGACAACAUUCCACCACUGCAGGAGCUCACUUACGACUAUGGAUAUACGCUUGGUAGCGUUCAUGGGCCGGACGGGGAGGUGAAACAGCUUACUUGCUACUGUGGAGCAUUACAUUGCAGGAAACGACUAUACUAA